CUGAAUGACGGCCAGAUACACAUGAUAGUGAAUUUGUAAAUGGCUACGGCGACUUCACUUGCCUGAAGCGGGGUGCUCAGGUUAAGUGAGAGCGCACUCCUUUCCAGACUUCUCCAAAGUGUCCUGCCACAAAAGUGACACUCGGAUUUAACCCGCAUAGCUUGGGGACAUUAUUAUCAAGGCCUGAUUCGACUGGACUAGGCGUAUUUGGACAAUGUAUGGGAUCAAUCAGCGUUGCUUUUACCUAUCUUUUCAUUUCUUCGUGGUCUGGUGCCAUGCACAGGGGGAGAAUCACCCUUCUCCUAAUUUUAACCAGUAUGUGAGGGAACAGGGGACGUUGACGGACCAGCUGAGCCGGCGGCAGGUCCGAAUCUACCAGCUCUACAGUCGGACCAGCGGCAAGCACGUCCAGAUACAAGGCAAGAGGGUCACCGCCACCGCCGAGGAUGGCAACAACUUUGCAAGGCUAUUUGUGGAGACAGACACAUUUGGCAGCAGGGUUCGCAUCAAAGGAGCAGAGAGUGGCCGAUACCUUUGCAUCAAUCGCCGUGGGAAGUUGGUCGGAAAGGCGAGUGGCAGAGGGAGGGACUGCAUCUUCACGGAGAUCGUGCUGGAGAACAACUACACAGCGUUCCAGAACGCCAAGUACGAGGGCUGGUACGUGGCCUUCACGAGGAAGGGCCGGCCCAUCAAGGCCUCCAAGACCCGGCAGAACCAGCGAGAGGUCCAUUUCAUCAAGAGACUGCACAAGGGGCCCCCGCCCUUCCCCAACUCGGAGCGACUCAAACACUUUGAGUUCAUCAGCUUCCCACCCACGCGGCGAGCUAAGCGGAACAGGAAACCGCACAAAGCUCAGUGACAUGGGAACAAAAAGUGAACUCCUUUAUUUUUUAAAGAAAAGAACAGAACAGAGACAAAAAAAGAAGAGAUGCAGCUUUAUUUUUUAUAUAUUUUCAUACAAAAACUGAUGGACUGAUGUAAAAAAAAUAUAUUGUAAAGUAGAUGCUUGUAAAUAUGGUAAGAUUCCAGAUGAAAUGUAUUGUAUAUUUAAUAUCACUGGUGUGUGUGUUCAUGAGACGUGGGAACAUAUAAGAGGUAAA